UCAGUGGUUCUGCCACCUGCCUCGCAAGCACAAGGGCCCGAGUUCAAUCCCUGGUACCAAGAAAAGAGAGAGGUCUAUUUCUCAUGGUCCUGCAGUCUAGAAAAUCCAGCGAGGGCCUCCUGCUAUGUGGGCUCUGCGUCCCGAGGUGGGGUAGAGUGCCUGGGCUCCAGGCUCCCCUCUCCUGAGCCACUGUCCUGUGGACUGGAGGCCAGGGCCAAUAUAUAGCUACAUUUAGCCUUCUGUGCCUCCCAAAGGCCACCCCUCCAAUGCCAAUGUUGGAUUAAAAUCGGCCCUCAAUACUUCAUGGUGGGGACAAGACAAAGUUUCAGUGCAGCUGGGAGGCAGUAGGGCUCUUCCUCAGCCCUUUUCUCUCCUUCCCUCCCUUGCUCCUCUUUCUGUGCCUACUUGGCCUCUAUACCAGCAACCUCUGUCACAGCCAGUGGUCAGUAUUUCCAGUUUCAUGGGACACACAGAGUCCUUGUUGUCUCCCACUGACAACAAACGGAUGAGAAUGGCUGUGUUCAAGCCGAGCUUUACCUGUGGGUGCAAGGGGUGUUCACUGACCCUCAGCUCUGGGGUUCCAGGACUGUGACUCGGCCUGUUGUUUGGGCCCCUCCCCAGCAAACCUCAGGGAACUGAAGCUCUGCGGCCAACUGGUCCCUGCAGAAAUGACCUGGCCACCCGCUUCUCAGGUCCCGAAGUGAGUGUGACACUAACUCCCCAGCCCCGAGCGGCCUCACACCAGCAUGCAGUGACCCUGUGUUGGAGGGGACUCAGGACCCCACCGGGCCAGGCAGCAUCUCUGCCAGCCACUCACUCAACCCAGCCAGGCCCCUCCUCGCUCAGGUCACACGUGAGCAGCAAGAGUGGCCUCAGGGUCCCUUUGUGCAUCAUCUCAUGGCCAAAUGGCAGCUGUAUCAAGUGAGGGACUUUGACAUGGGACGUCAACCCUCCCUGUCCCUCACAGAUAUACCCCACCAUGUUUGGAUCACCACUGCGUGGAAAAGUGUUGUGUCUGCACUGAUCGCGUAGAGACCUUCAUUUUCUUCUCCUUGGUCCCUGGGCGAUAUAGCCGUUCCCACAGCACUGGCAUCGUGAGAGGUAUUAGAGGUCACAGGAGGGCACUGAGGUCAGGAGGAUGGGUGUGGGUCCCAUGGGAUCUGUGUAAGGGACUCGAGUGGGGAUGUGAUGACAGGGUGCUGGGGUGACCAUGUUUCCUGAGCACCGACACUGCGCCAAGCCCCAAGGCUGCAGCUUGCUGUCCCACAGGGAGACAGGAAGUUAGCGCUGGCAUGGUCCUCAGCACAGGGAAAGCCCCCGGGAAUGGGGACGAGCAAAUGGAUGAGUAGCACAACCAAGAAUGUCAGGGAUCGGGGUUGACUCUGUCAACAUCCCUCAGAUACAGCUUCUAGGAGGAAAACAUGGGGGCCCAGGCCUGAGCAUGACCACCAGGACCUGAGACAAAGGAGGUGCUGGGUAACAAACAUCAUGAUGUCCAACGCUCCCUAUACUUCCGAGCUGAUAAUGUGACAAGAAUGUACAUUCUUGGUUUAGGCUCCGUACCAGGGCAGGCAGCUGCCUGGACCUGAGGUCCAGGGAUGACUCCAGCAUCCUCUUCAGAGGCCCCAUGCUGUCUCCUGAGGCCACGGGACUAGGGUGUCUUUGUCUCCAGUGUGGACCCAACCAGCAGAGGGACCGUUAGAAAUGAACAUAUUUCCAAGGGUGACAUCUUAGCAGCUUACCAGAUGGGGGAAACAGGCUCUUGUUGACGGGUGAGUGGGGUUUGGAUGCUACCACUGGGCCAAGCUAGAGAUGCUCCCCGUGCUGACACGAACAAGUGUGAAUCCUGCAAGACUAGGGCUCCUGGGACCUAAUAGAUCCUGCUCCUGCCACCCACCCAGGAUGACCCUGGUUGCCUGCUGCGGCCUGUGAGUCACAGAAUGUACCUCUGGAAUAUGAGGUUUGCCUUGCAUUUAAUUGAAUUUGAUAACAUGUUACACAGACUGCUGGGGACCUUCUCCCUCAUUCCUAAUUGCCAGCCACCAAAAAGAGCCCAGACCAGACCUGCUGGGUAUGGUGGCACACGCCUGUAAUCCUAGCACUCAGGAGGCUGAAGCAGGAGGAUCAUCGUGAGUCCAAGGCCAGCUUCAGCUGCACAGUGAGUUCAAGACCAGCCUGCACUACAUAGCGAGUCCCCACCUCAAGAAAUGAAAACAAACAGAACCAAACAAGAAGGGCCCAGAAUUGUGUGUUUCAGGUGGGCCUGGGUCCUUUACAGGAAUGGCCCAGGAGCCACAGAGCUACAACCAAGCCUCCUCCUUGAAGGCCACAGCUGUGCCCUCACCAGCAGGGAGGGACCUGGGACAGUCCUGCCAACCCCCAAGGGCGUCUUCCUUGCCACCCACGGGCUGCAGCCAGAAGCCCUGAGCCCAGCAGGGGAGGGCACAGGGGAAGCCGAUGUUUCCAGGAUUCUCCUCCAGUUUUCUUCGGCCACCAAAGUGCUUUCCAGAGCUGCUCUCUGCCACCCAACCCCACCCUCCAUCCUGCAGCUUUCCUGAGGAUGCCCUGUCUUGCAAAGAAGCAGGAAUCUGCCCGUUAGCCACAUAUGCUCGGGCCACAGUAGGUGCUCAAUGAAGACUUGGUGAAUGACUGAAUGACUGAUGGAGAGUGGGUAGAGUGGACUCGGUGCUUGUCACACACCAGCUCUGCCUGGUUGACAAUGCCCCUGAAAGUUGCCCUGCUGAGUUCCCUUCCCUGCCUGUUGGGAACGAGGCCCCGUGGGGGUAUGUGGGGGGUAGAUGAGCCCCAGCUAAAUGGCUGAGCAGAAGGAAGUGGUGACUGUCAGGCCUGAAGAAGUUUGGGGGUCUUCUCCAACCUGCCAGGGUGUGGCAUGAAUUCGAAUUUACUGAGCAACUACUGUGUGCCAAGCAUUCAGCUGGUGGACAUCAGCAAUACCCAGGUGUAUUCUGCCAUGUGUGUAGAGCCACGAAGUGGACGGCCUGGCCCUGCCCCUCUGCUGAGCAUCGAUCACUCAAUCAACAAGCAGUGCUCCAGGCCCAGCUUUGUCCUUAACAGCAGUGUCAUUAACUGCACAAACACAGUGCCCCAGAGCCUUUCGGGGUAAGGGCCACAGUUUCCCAUUUCACAGAUGGGCAAACUGAAGGCCCCAGAAGUAAAGCCACUCACCCAAGGCGUGCAUUCCAAAAUCAGCGGACUGAGGUGCUGCUUGGAACUGUGACAGCAGAGGCCAGAUGUCUGGACUUUCCUGAGGUUUCCAGGUGGCCUGAGGCGGGCCCUGGCCAGGAACCUGAUUGUUUCCCGGAACUCGGAGCCCAAGUUCAGAACACAAGUCAGAAGAACAAUGAGCAGACCCCAGCGCCCCCUUGGUCCACCCGGUUCCUGGCAGGGAGCUGUGGGAGGCACUGGUCCCAACACCUCACCAUCACGGUGACCGGGUGACCUUCGAGAGAAGUGACCCACAUCCGAGGGUGAGUCUCAUCUCCCCUCAGGAGGCAAGCAAGGCCGGGAAAGAGAGCCCCACUUUACUAAUGAGGAAGGUGUGGUCCCCAGUGAGGAAGGACUUGCCCAGGUCAUGUGGUGGGUGGGUGGCCGAGCCAGAGGUGGCUGCAGCCCGCAUUCCUUCCACUCUCCAAGAUCCACUUUCCCAGAAAGAAUGAUUGUUUUUUCGAGACAAGGUCUCACUAUGUAGCCCAGGCUGGCCUUGAACUCCCAGCAAUCCUGCCUCAGCCUCUUAUGUGCUGGGAUUACAGUGUUUCUCUUUUAUGGACAUCUGUAGAUCUCUCACCUCAUCACAGGAGAUCCACUGAGAUACGGGAGUCCGAAAAAGAAGUCUCGAUAGGCCAGAGACAACCCUGUGACUUUGUGACAUCACUGUCCCUCUGGGGGCCUCACAAAAUAAAAGUCGAGGUAGAUGAAAGUGAAGUGUCCCUGUGUUUAUCCCCAUGCUCUGUUCCCUGAGAUUCCCCCCAAGCUGUGUCUGUUGCGGUGGACUAAGAGGCCCUUGUCCACCAGCUAGGGACCACAUAAACGAGGUGGUCACGUGCUGGCACCCUGGUUAGCAACCAGCGAGAAAGCUUCCGCGAAAUACAGCAAUGUGACCCAGCGUCAAAGCCACUGCCAAGCGCAAGAGCCCAGACAGCAGAGGACAGCUUAGGGGCCACUGCACCGAGUUUCCAACAGCGGAAAGUCCCUGGGCUGGCCGAGCAUGGGUGGCUGGGUGGGGACAGGGCUUCAGUUAUUGGCUUGGUAGUACUGGGAGGUGAAGGUGCCCUACUCCUGGGUUUGGUUGGGGUGACAACAGUCGAAAAGGUAAGAACUAAUCAAGGUGAGUGUCCUAGACUGAUACAUUGUGCAGACUCUCGUUAUAACUCCAUCUAAGACUCUUCGCAUAGAAAACGGUAAAUCCUAAACUGGGCACUGUGGUGCACGUCUGUAAUUGCUGUGAGUGUGAGGCCAGCCUGGGCUACACAGUGAGACCCUGUCUCAAAAAACUAAAAGAAAGAAAAAAGUAAAACCUAGUAUAUAAACGUGUAUACUCGGAUAUGUGUGUGUUGUUUCCAGAACUGUGAACAAUAAAAAACCGUUAGGAAGUCUCCAAAUGCCAAGUUUUCACAAAACAAUUCACAAAGUCUGCCCUAUGGGGAGCGAUCAUGAACUGAAAGGAAGAAAAAUGCUCUGAUCUCACUUGAUAAGAGCUGCUGUGACCAAGCUCCAGGAGACAGGCCGGGAGGACGUGUGUUUAGGGCUGGCCAUGGGCAGGCUGGGCCAGUGGUCCCCUCGGGGGACAGCUCCACCCUGCCCAGCCUUGUGGGUACAGCCCAGGUGUAAGGGGAUGACGGCGUCCACCCAGCCUCUGGCCUGAGAGCCAGUGGGCAGGCUGCCCAUCUGUCCUCAGCUGGGCCCUGCCCUGUGUCCAUCCUUUGAAGUCCCAAUGGGUGACACGAUUCCCAGCCACAGCUUCCAGGGCUUCUCAACACAGGGCAGAGUUUCUGGACAGAGGCCGCUCCCCCGCCAGGCCAGCCUUCCAAAGACACCCAGGCGUCGCAGAGGGGCUCAGGACAGACCCAGGAGCCGCACUUGUCCUGGGCCCACUGUCCACCAACAGCACACUGGUCGGGUGUCACACAGGGGGCCGGGAGGAGCGGAGAAGCAGGGACAGCGAGUCCCCAGAGGGCCCCACACUACCCCAGCCACCUUCCCUGUCACCCCAAGCUUCCCUGCGAUCUGGGAAAGGCUCUCACAGGCCUGCUGUCCUGCCAGCUGCUGGCUGUUGAGCACUCCGAGGGGUGCUCUACCCCUGAGCUGUCUCCAGCCCUUUUUAGUUUUUAUUUUGAGACAAGAUCAUGCGGGUCCGCACCAUGCUCCUGGUGGAGGCCGGGGUCCUAGGUGCCUCCUCCUGCAGCCGGAAACAGUCGUUGUCCCCUGCUGCCCUCCCAGAGGUGCUGUGGGUGAGGGAGCCCACCAGCCCCCAGAGCGGGUGAGCGACACCGAGUACAGAGCCCCCGCCUUCCCCCUUGAGACAGGAGCAACUAGACGCCUUCCCCGCUGCGAGACUCCGGCCCCGCCCCUGAGCCCCGCCGGCCUCCGCAUCCUUCAGGGAACCCAGCACCUGGGGCCCAAUGACAGGACGCCCCGGCUCUGUCCCCAGGUGCAAGCCCCUCUUCCCCUCAUCCCGCCUGCACCGAGGGGACCGCAGACAGGUUGGGGGCGGCCGCUGCCUCCUGCCUCGGCCUCCGCCCCCGCGGUGAGUCAGCGUCUACAUUCAGCGCAGAGGAGCUGGAAAGGCGAUUUCUCGGAAGGCGCAGCGCCUCUCCUCUGCUCUUCCCCACUCCGGGGCACCAGAUGUUCCGGAAGGAGGGGGCAGAGGAGAAAUCCCAGACCCGGCCAGACACCUCUCAGGGCUCCCCAGCGCCCCGGGGGUGUUUCCGGCGCCCCGCCAGGGUUCCCCGUCCGGAUCCCAUUCGCAGGCGCUGCUCUCCGCCAGCAUUUGGAGUCCUCAGCCUCCCUCUGCGCGGGCUCCUUGCGCCCACAGGUCUAG